CACAGCGCCACUCCCCCCAUCCACCGGCGGCGGCACCGCAUCCCCACAGACCCCCAGUGACCAGGCGCUCGAGCGAUGGCGGCGAAGGUGGAGAUAGACGGCGGCAUCAUGGAGGGGGGAGGACAGAUCCUGAGAGUGAGCACAGCCCUGAGCUGCCUCCUGGGCACCGGCCUGAAGAUCAGCAACAUCAGGGCCGGGAGGAGCUCGCCAGGUCUCCGGCCGCAGCACUUGUCAGGGUUGCAGAUGCUAUCUGAUUUGUGUGAUGGUUGUCUGGAAGGAGCCAAAGUGGGUUCCACAGAAAUCGUGUUCCAACCAAGUAGAAUCCAAGGAGGAAAACAUCUUGCAGACACCAAAACCGCUGGGAGUGUCUGCCUCUUGAUGCAAGUCUCAAUACCAUGUGUGCUUUUCGCCGCCUCUCCCUCAGAGCUGCUGUUGAAGGGCGGCACCAAUGCUGAAAUGGCUCCACAGAUUGACUACACGUUACAGGUGUUUAAGCCAAUUGCUGAAAAGUUUGGAUUUCAGUUUGACUGCAAUGUAAAGAGGAGAGGUUACUACCCGAAGGGUGGGGGAGAAGUGCUGCUUAAAGUAACUCCGAUCAAACAGCUGCUGCCGAUUGAUCUGAUGCAGAGAGGGAAUGUUACCAAGCUUUACGGGAGAGCUUUCGUGGCAGGAGUUCUGCCCUAUCACCUUGCGAAGGACAUGGCGUCUGCAGCUACACGGUGCCUCCAGCGAGAGAUGGGAAACAUGGCUGUGGACAUACAAGUGGUGAAGGAGCCCCAGGACAAGGCUUUUGGAAAUGGAAAUGGAAUUAUUAUUUUUGCUGAAACAUCUACAGGGUGUGUCCUGGCUGGGUCUGCGUUGGGGAAAAGAGGUGUUCCUGCAGAUAAAGUGGGAACAGAAGCCGCAGAGUUGCUGCUAAAAAGCCUGCAACAUGGGGGCUGUGUGGACGAGCACCUUCAGGAUCAGAUCAUCAUAUUCAUGGCUCUGGCUAAUGGCCACUCUAGAGUGAGGAGUGGGCCGGUGACCCUGCACACCCAGACCGCUAUACACUUCGCAGAGAUGCUAACCAAGGCUAAGUUUACAGUGAAUAAAUCCAGUGAGCAAGAACCUGGACAAGAGAGUUUCACCAUAGAAUGUGAAGGGAUUGGAAUGACGAACCCCAAUUUCUGACACUGAGGCUCAUUGCCUGAAGCUUGUGCCAAACCGGGACGGACACCGUGGACAAUGUGAAGAGGAAGCCGGGGAAGAGCUCAGGAAUGGAAAGAUUAUUUAUCCAAUUUGAUGAUCAUUCAAAUCCAGAAGAUGAUUGUGAAAAUAUUGAGGUUAUAAACUACACAAGAAUACAGCGUUUAAAGGAUUGUGUGGAGAUGGGUGUACAAUGGCAUGGCUACUGAUACUGAGGAAUUCAAUGUUUAUUUUCUCCUGGCUUGUAGGUGUCCUCUGGGCCUGCCAGACAUCCACCAAAACACAAUAAACAUCAUAUUGUGGA